CCAGAAGGUCCCCUCCCUUUUCUAACUGACCGCACCUCCCCCACAAGAUUGGCACGGGCAGCUCGGAAGUCACACAAGACAUCGCCAUGGCGGUCAUUGAAAGCGCGCCUGGCGUUCAGGUGCAGGUCGUCGUGGACGGCAACCCGCUCGAAGAAUAUGACGACCCCGACUCGUCCCGCGCUCCAGAUGCCGUAACCGUGUACAUCGAACCAAUAUCAGGGAAGAAUUUCGAGAUCCGAACCAUAUUGGACAAGCACCUCCCCACAGGCCAUGAUGUUUCUGUCUUGGUAUCGGUAGAUAGUGUCCACGUCACAGGAAAACACAUUCCCAGACACAAGAUUGAAUCGUCUCGUAUAUCCACCGUCAAGGGUAUUAUCGAUAUCAUCGGAGGGGCCGCGAUUCAGUCUUCCUUUCGCUUUUCAGAUGUCCAAACCUUCGAGGGCGCCGCCUCCGCUAGGAAAGAUGCCUACAAGGUUCUUGGUCAAAUCGAGGUCCAACUUCACUUCUCCAAAAAUGCAAGGAAAUUCUGGAACAGACUUGACAGAAUACGAUCAUCUGGGAUUUCUCAAGCGGCGAUAUCGGCGAAGCAUGCUGGCAGGGAGUCACUGUCUCAUCGUACAAGCCUGGAUGAGCCAACAAAAACCAAAUGCUCUUAUUGGAAAACGGAGCGUGUUGACGAGAAGGCCUUUUCUACCUUCAUCUUCAGGUACCGUUCCGUUCAGUCCCUAAGAAGCCUCCAAGUGAUUUCUCGCUCGCCUCCACCGACGAAGGCCCCUGCAAUCGAAAUGCCGAAGUCGGAGCAUAUAGACGGAACUUCGUCUGAUCGAAGCCCCGACCCAACGUCUCGACCUGCAGACCCCAGUAGGAGCCCCCAAGGCGUAUGGAAAGCUCUGUCCGACGAGGACAUCAAGGCUCUUCUCAACCACCAUACCGGUCAAACAAGCACACGGGAUGGCCUGCGUCGUACAGAGCUCGAGGCUCUGUUGAAUCACCAUAGGUCUACAGACGAGGUAAUCGAAAGCGGAACUACCAAGAUCAAGCGCGAGCUUGAUCAGGGUGUAGAUAACGACGAUUUCAAAGUGAUCGGCGAGAGGAAGAAGAAGCGCAAGGACGUUCCGGGCAAGGACCAUAGAAUCAUCGAGCUGGAUUGA